AUGCCCACAACCUAUCAAUGCGAGGCAUGGCUGGGGGAAGCAGAAGACAUGGAUGAUUCUUUGGCAGAAGCAGUGUUAUUCAUUCACAUAUAUUCGCACAUUAUACCUUUUGAUUCCACGGAGGAAGGUACCAGCAGUGCCGGCGUUACAAUCACAAUCUCGAAGGAGUUUCAAGUGAAAAGGGAAUAUCUAAUACAUGACUCCACUUCUUGGUCUACCAUAAUGAAUAUGCUUUCAGAGAUGAACAUGCCUUUAUAUGUUCAACCCAUAAUGAUAAUGAAAAUAGCAGAAUGUGCACAAGAAAGUCGAAACUUGGAACGAAAGGUUAUUCCAAUGUUUGUACAUCUUAAGACUAUCCAGUCAACUAAUAGUAGUACAGGUCCUGAUGAGGCUGAUGCUUUCAUGGAGUCUUUCGACUCGCAGAGCUUAAGGUUCAUGGGAGCUAGUCGGUCAGCCAUUGAAGCAUUAGAGAAGGUAAAAGUUAAUAAAGGUUCUUGGGAGCAAUGUGUGAUAUGCUUGGAAGACAUUUCGAUUGGUAUGGAAGCUACCCGCAUGCCAUGUUCGCACAUCUAUCAUGGAAGUUGCAUAAGAAAUUGGUUAGAGAAUAGUAAUCUUUGCCCAUUAUGUAGGUUUCAGGUGGCCAGUUGA